AGAGGCUGUCACGCGGCGCGCCGAGGGCGUGGCCUGGGAUUCCCGGGGAGGGGAGGGCGCUGUGUGUCCUUGGGCCGAGAGGGGAGGUGACUCCGGCCGAAGAGGACGCAGAAUGAGGGGCCUGCGGGUCUCCCAGGCGCUGGUUCGCUCUUUCAGCUCAACUGCCCGGAACCGCUUCCAGAACCGAGUGGCCGAGAAACAGAAACUCUUCCAGGCGGACAAUGACCUCCCAGUGCACUUGAAGGGCGGGGGAACCGACAACAUCCUGUACCGAGUGACCAUGGGGCUCUGUGUAGGGGGCACCGCCUAUAGCCUGUACUGCCUUGGCUGGGCCUCCUUCCCUCACAAGAAGUGAGACCAAGAAGCUUGCAGAACCUGAACAAGCAUCAAUAAAUGUGCUGGCUUCUUGGGGAACCCAGCCCA